AUGGUUCAUUACAAAUUUGGUCGUUGUACUGUUUGCCAAUUUCGUUUACAUCCUGACAAUGUUUAUACUUUGAAAAAUUGUAAUCACACAUUCCAUCGCGAAUGUGUCAUCCGUUGGAUUACCGAAGGGUCAAAAGAUUGUCCUCGUUGCCGUUAUCCUGCUACUUUGACUGAUAUUAAACAACUUUUUGUUGAAGAGGCAAGUGAUAGUUCUGACGAUUCUGGUGAUGAGCUCAUUCAAAGUUCGAGCAAAAUCUCUACUCAAACGGUGGGAAUUUUAAGAUAA